AAUACAUUCAGUUAAACUGUGUUCAUCAUUUACACAUCAGAGUGUUAUCAGUUUUUGGUUUAACACGCGAUUUACAUCAUAAAAUAAUAUAAUAUUUUUUCGUAACGUAGUUAUUAAAAUGUUUAAAAUGUUCGCGACCGUGACGUGUUUAACGGCUUUGGCAUUAGCCGUCAUCGGGCAGGCAACGGAUAACGACGACGAACGUCAAGGCAGAGGAUGGAAUAUACUGGAAGGAUCCAAACGUUCAUGCGUCGGGAUGAACGGUCGACCUGGGGUUUGUAUGGGCCAAAGCCAGUGCGCAGAAGUUAACGGAAAGUCAGUGGGCAGGUGUUUCCCGUUCGAUUCUUGCUGUUCAGUUAUGCCUAAUUCCUGUGGUGGAUUUUCGAGUUCAAGCACGACAUAUUUUCAAAGCCCAGAGAAAUUCCAAGACAUUUGCUCGUAUAAGAUAAACGUCAGACGAAAUGUAUGCCAAAUAAGAAUCGAUUUCGAAAGGUUUUCACUCGGCCAACCAACCAAACAGACGUCAGAAUCAGCGUACACAUGUGAACGUGACGAGUUUACAUUAAUUUUGAACGGUGACACCAAAAUAAACGUACCCGUUUUAUGCGGUGAAAAUUCCGGUCAACAUGUGUACGUGCCAGUAAAUCAGCAGCAGUUUGACUCAAAAAACAACAAGCAACAAAUAACAUUAAAAUUCCAGUUGACUGCAAGAGAUGAAGACUACACUGAUCCAGAACCAUUUUGGAGAUUAAAAAUCUCGCAACUGGAUUGCCAAACGACGUCGACCAACUGGUGGAAGAUUAAAGACAUCGCACGCCAAGUCUGGGAUUGGGAAGAUGAAGAGAGAGACGCCGCAAAACCCACUUAUAGCCUAGCGCCAGAAGGUUGUUUACAAUACUUCACUGACAAACAUGGUUCAUUCGAAAGUUUCAAUUACAACAGAGGGAUGGGGCACUAUUUGGGAAAUUUAAAUUACGCGACAUGUUUUAGAAGAUACCAAGACACGUGUGGAAUCAAAUACGAGGCGGUUAAAUUCCAAGUGGCGUACAAUCAGAAGUUAACCAAUUCUACGGACCGGGACUGCGAUACUGUUGCGGCUAGCAAGUCUGAACAGUCGACCACACCGCCAUCGAAAACCACUCAAAUAACCACGGAAACCACUCAACAACCCUCAGAAACUACUCAACCGCCUUCAGUAACCACCCAAUCGUCCACGAAAACCGAUACAACAUCAAAUGAUGACUUGAACAAAGAAACGGUGAACGAGCGCAGCAGGAAACGGCUAUCCGAACGAGGCGUGCACAACGACUACUUGCUCAUACCGGACGGCCUUUAUUCAACCUCGCGAUUUGCGUCGAAAUAUUGUGACAGGUCGCUAGAAAACGUCGAUGACAGUACAGUCAAAACACAAGGACCCCUAUACGUGGCCUUUGUCAGCGACGAUUACUCAAAUCCUAACGAAGAUGUGGAAAAGGGAUACAAGAUCGAUUAUUCAUUGAUAAACACUGGGUGUUAAACAUUAUAAAAUUAUAAUUCUAUUUAUUUUAAACAAUAACAAAGGUAUUUAAUUAU